UCUCUUGCGCGAAAGUGAAGGAAAGUCCGCCUGAGUUUUCUGCACAGUAUCCAAGGGGACAGAAAAAUUGAAAAUAGUGAGGAAUGACAAAAGGACAAUGGCUGAGUGGAAAUAUUCAUUCAAACAUGGUUUAUGACAAUGAAACAGCAAAGUUUCCAUCCUUUCCAGAACUGAGAGUGCUGGAUGUGUUUGCAGUAUCAGUCAACCGGAUCAGUGAUUCCACUUCCCUUGUUUUAAAGCGACUGCACGGCUGCAGGAGAGUCAGUGCAUCAUCCAGCUAAGGUCCAGGGCUGCGCUCACUCAGAGCUUUUCAGCUGGAAUCACCUGGAGGAGAUUCGCCUGGGUCUAUCAACCUUCUUCCAGAUGUUCCUCCUCUUCCUCCUGUGGAUCAGUCGACUAGCCAACCAAGUCCCUCAGUCACCAGUAGUUAACAAAGAUGGGGAAGGAACAAAGUAAACUGGCACAGGAAGGCUACGUGUUAGUAAAAGAAACGGAAAGUGGCAUCACUGCAACUAAAGAUGACGACACAUAUUUUAUAAAGACGAUUCAUCUGACAGAGCUUACCAGACAAGCUCUUGCUGCACUAAUGUCAGAGAUUGAUGUUCUUCGGCAAACAAACCACCCUCAUCUUAUAAAUAUAAGAAAUUCGUUGAAAGAUGAAAAUCAAAACAUCUACUACAUAAUAAUGAAGGAGUGCCAGGGUGGGAGUCUUGCUGAUGUUGUUGGAAAGAAUCCAGAAGAGUUGCCUCAAGAGCCCGAGGUACUAAGCUGGAUAGUUGAGAUCUGCAUGGCUCUCAAAGCCAUUCAUGAGGCGCAUUUGCUUCACAAAGAUUUGAUUCCAAAGAACAUAUUGUUGUCAGAGUUUGGACUGGUGCGUUUGGGUGGAUUUGGAAAUAUUAAUGACAGUUCAAAAGGCCAAUCUGCCACAAACUCAAAUCCAGCAAUAAAUUACCUAGCUCCUGAAGUCUUCACGGGGGGAACAUAUGAUGCAAAAAGUGACAUCUGGUCACUGGGAUGCAUACUCUAUGAGCUCUGCACAAAACAGAAAGCAUUCUUUGCAGAGACUACAAUCAAGCUCAUGCCCAAGAUAAUUAGUGGUCAUUACCCGUCUCUUCCAAGCCAUUUUUCAUUUGAGCUUUGUGAUCUCUUGAGUGACCUUCUGAAAAAAGAGCCUGAAGAAAGACCAACAGCCAGUGAGAUCCUGCAGCGCCCUAUCAUUAUCAGGUGUCUUAGAACUAAGUGUCAAACAACUGUGGAGGAUCUUCAGAUGAAGAAGCUGGAGAGGCUGAGAGCUCUGGCAGAUGGUCUGGAGCGAGUUCAUGAAGGUGCUACCAUCGGCAGCCUGACAGGAGGAGUGAUUGGAGCCGUGGGAGGAAUUACGUCCAUAGUGGGGCUUGUUCUGGCACCCUUCACUUUAGGAGCCUCACUUAUUGUCACUGGAGUUGGUGUGGGGGUGGGUGCUGUUGGUGGGGUCACUGCUGGUGCCUCAAAUAUCACAAAUAUGAUCAACCAGUCUUCUGAUCGUAAAGCAGUUCGCAAUAUCAUUAAAGAAAUAGAACAGAAAAUUAGUGCAGUGGUAACGUGGCUCUUGGAGAUUAACAGUAGUCUGCAGGCCAUCAGCAGCCAGUUUCCACAAACACCUGGCACAGAUAACAAAUUUACAGAGGACAACUUGAGGAGGAUUGGCAUGAGGGCUGGAAAAGGGCUUGGUGGCAUUGCUGAACUGGUCCGGUUGGUUAGAGUGGCUAACAUUGGCCAGCUUGCUGCACAAACAUCAAGGGCAGUGCGCGUGGCAGAAGUGGCAACAGGUGUGCUCUCUGGUUUGUUUGUAGCUGUGGAUAUUUUCUUCAUCGCUAUGGAUGCAAAAGAGAUUCAGCACAUCAAGGAAGCCAGGGAAGCAGAGAAGCGAAUUGAACCUCCUUCUGCUUCCGAGUCUGAAACUGGAGACUCAGUGUCAGUCUCUGAUCAGGCAACACUGUUGUCAAACUCACUGAUGCAAGAGUCUGACAACGGUGAAAGUGGCCGUGUGGCAGAGGAGGCGGCUUCUCCACCAACUAAAACCAAAUCUGAGAUCAUGAAAUUUGUCAAAUCAGUCAGGGAGGCAGCACACAACCUGGAGCAAGUCCUGGGUGAGUUAGCCAGCAUCAUUUCAUCUAUCCCUUUGUUUCAGGAAGAUAAUGAUCUGGAAUGGCAGAAUAUGGAAUUGAUGUAAGAGAAAUCACAGCUUUAAAAUGUGCCAAUUCUGUUCAAAUUACAUUUGUUCUAUUGUACAGCAACACAUCUAAUUUGGGUGUAAGGAAAUGUGGCAUAAUUGGUAAUUAAUUAAUAUUAUUUUAUCCUCAACAGAAUUUCUCCUCCUUUAAGUCUUCAAACUUCUGAGAACUGAAAUUUAUGCCUUAGAUUUUCUUUUACAAGUAUUACUGGAUUAUGUUGAAAUUUUCAAAAGAAACUAAUCAAUGAUUUUUGUUUAAUAUUAUUAGCAAACCAUGUUUUCAAAUAUUAUCACUGUUUCUAUGUUUGUUUGAAAAUGUGAAUAUUCUAAUGUGAUUCUAAUCAAAUAUUUACAUAUGUAGUAUAUAAAAUAUACAAAUACAUAUUUUUGGGUGCAAGAAUAAUUAUUAAUAGUUUAACAUUCACUGUUUGGACGAUAUUGAAGAAAAUAAAGAUAAGUCUAAAAAUUUUGUAUAAAUGUCUUGUACUAUGUGCUGUUGCUUUUGGAAUUUUAUAUAAUUAUUUGUCAUAAGGCUCGAGGUCCAAGCAUGUUUUCCAGGUUGGUCUUAUAUUCUCAAGCUGUGGUACAACUGGUGGUUUUCUUACAGACAGAGCUGCCUACUCUUAUUAUCCUGAAAUGUAUGGUAUCAAAAGUACCAUGCUGGAGCUUGUUUAAACCAGACAUUUGCAUUUGCCAAGAAGUUAAUCCUCACUCAAAUUGCAUGCAGAGUGUAAAUUUCCAUAUUUUUAUACAGAUUCUCAAUUGAAUUUAGCCACAUUCAAGUCUUUUGCAACAUUGUACAGGUUCUCUUACAAGAUUUUGCAUCAUACACCUUCCCAUCUACUGUGACCAGCUUCCUGUAAAAAGUAUCCCAUUACCCCUCUGUUUCAUGAUGGAGAUUUUUAUUUUUAGGGUGUUAAUUUUCUGUCACUCAAAGCACAUGCAGGGCAUGUUAAUAGUCACACAGUUGUUAUAUGUGUUAAUUCUGAUAGUAUAAUUAUGCAGGUAUUUGUUUAACUGUUUUAAUUUCAUGUGCAUGAUUUUUAUUUAAAUGUUGUUUUUACUGCAUGCGCAAUAAAACAUCAUAGUUUUAAAUUA